AUGACCGAAUUCCUGGUUUGUUUUAAUUGGUGCAAUGGUGAACAGGCGCAGCCGAAGAGGCGUCAGAGACUGGACCGGAAUAUGAUAGGAGAACCAAUGAACUUUGUACACACUGCGCAUGUUGGGGCAGGAGAGAUGAGUAGUGACUGUUCAUCAGCUGUAUCAAUUCAGGACCACAUGAAGUCUAAAGGUGGCUACACAAAUGGCACCUCUGCAACUGUUGAGAUAUAGGAAACAGAAGGCUGAAAUCUGCUCUGUCUUAUGAGGACCCCCUGGACUGUGCUUUCAUAUUCUUUAAAACCUCUUUGUCACGGUGUAGAGAGAGUACUUCAAUGAUAAAUAGGUCAGUGCAAGGUUUGGUGUUCUUUGCGCAAUAGCUUCUGAAGGAGUUAUUGUAAAUUAUCCUUAAAAUGGUCUGUCGUGAUAGUGCUGUAGUAGCAACUGCAAUUCGUCACUGUGGAUGACUUCCUAGGUUUGUCCCAAGAACCUCACCAAAUUGUCUUGAAGGAUGGGAUUGGAAGUCAAUAUGAAUUGUCUCGGGUUUUGGUCUCUGUCUUUUGCUCCCCUCAAGAAACGCAGAGGUUGAUUUAAUUGGAAGAUAUUGCAUGUCUGCGCUUCUUA